AUGACUGCCGGAUUGGAACAAACAAAUUUGUUUAAACCAAUUACUGUUGGUAAACAUACACUAGAUCAGAGGAUAGCCUUUGCUCCUACAACAAGAUUCCGUGCUGCUGAUGACCAUACUCCAAGUGAUUUGAUGUUACAAUAUUAUUCCGACAGAGCACAAGCUUCUGGUACUUUGCUCAUUUCAGAAGCCACAUUCAUUUCGCCUCGCUCUGGAUUAUACCCUAAUAUUCCCGGUAUUUGGAACGAGAAACAUGUUCAAGGAUGGAAGAAAAUUACAGACGCAGUACAUGCAAAGGGUAGUUUAAUAGCAAGCCAAUUUUGGUUUUUGGGUAGAGUCGGAUCCCCAGAACUUUUGAAAAAACAUGGUUUGGAUUUGGUUUCCUCCUCUGCUCUUUAUGGUAGUGAAGAUUCCAAAAAGGCUGCCGAAGCUGCAGGCAAUCCUGUUAGAGCCUUAUCCGAAGAAGAAAUCAAGAGUAUCAUUUAUGAAGAUUACAAGAACGCAGCCAUCAAUGCCAUAAACGCUGGAUUUGAUUAUGUCGAAAUUCACAGUGCUCAUGGAUACAUGCUUGACCAAUUCUUACAACCUGUUAGCAACCAAAGAACGGACAGCUAUGGUGGUUCUAUUGAAAAGCGUGCAAGAAUUAUACUGGAAAUUAUCGACCUCUUGAGUGAGACCAUUGGCGCCGAGAAACUUGCAAUUCGAUUAUCGCCUUGGGCCAAAUUCCAAGGAAUAAAGGGUGACGAGGAUUCAGUGCAUCCUAUCACCACUUUUAGUUAUGUGGUGAAUGAGCUUCAAAAGCGUGCAGAUUAUGGUAAACAGCUUGCUUACCUUUCUAUUGUGGAACCUAGAAUUAGUGGAGGCAGGGAUAUCGUUGGCUUAAUUGCGGACCUCAACAUCUCUGACGUUGUUGGCUCCAACGAUUUUGUUAAGUCUUUAUGGAAGGGAGCUAUUCUACAGACUGGUAACUAUACCUAUGACAGUCCUGAAUUCAAGUUAUUGAAGUCUGAUGUUAAUGGCGACAAUCGUACUAUGAUUGGUUUCUCAAGAUAUUUUAUUUCCAACCCGGAUUUGGUUGAAAGACUGAAGAAGGGUCAUGAGCUUACUCCUUAUGUUCGUUCUUUAUUUUAUGCUACUCAUAAUUACGGUUACAAUACAUUCCCUAAUUAUGGCAAAGAAUUGCAGUAUGACCCUCAAGCUGAAGAAAAGAGACGCCCUGUUUCUUUAGUUUAG